AUACAAACGUCAUAACUUAUAUUAAAAGAAUUCUUUUCUUUUCGAAACGUGAAAAAACACAGUUGAUUUCUCGCUUAGACACAGCUUGUCGGUCAUCUGUGACACCUUGACUUCUUCUUAUUGGGAGAAGUGUCGGUCAUGUGACAUUCUCCAUACUUGACGUCGAGAUACUCCGCUAGAAACGGCAAACGGCGUUAUCUAUCUAUUCGCGAUGCCUGUUGCAGUGACUCAGAGUCAACUUACUCUUACCAGUUCCAGAGAAGCCGAGAGAAUAACGCAUACGAGAUGGUGGCAAAGACGAAGUCGAUUGGAGCGAAUACUUUGUUCUUUGACUGUACUUUCUUUAUUUUUGUGUGCUGUUAUGGCUGUCUCCGUCGUUCUCAUUGGAUAUCACUUCCACAACGAAGACAGUUUUUUAAACGAAUAUCUCCCCUGGACGUUAAACAAAGAUGUUGCUGUAUCAAAUAAGAUUUGUUUAGGUCCUGGCUGUAUUAAGGCAGCCGCUGUCAUUUUAAAUAAUUUGGAUGUAAAUGUGGAUCCAUGCCAAGAUUUUUAUCAAUUUGCGUGCGGAGGUUGGAUUCACAGUCAUGAGAUUCCUGAUGAUAAAGCAUCGCUCUCCGCUUUUUCUCUUCUUCAAGAAGAGAUGGAUCUUAAAUUAAAACGUCUGAUAGAGCGACCGAUUGAAGAUAAUGAUCGUGAUUUUAUCAUCCUUGCUAAGAAUAUGUAUAUAUCCUGUAUGAAUACUUCGAGAAUUGACGAGUUGGGCAUUCAACCUCUACACGAUAUUCUGGAGAAGUUAGGGAAAUGGCCAGUUUUGGAAAGGGAAAAUUGGACCGAUUAUGAUUUCGACUGGUUGGAAACACUAAGCAGAAUGAGGCAGAACGGUUACAGAUACGAUAUUCUAGUCGAUAUGACAGUUUCUCCCGAUCUUCGCAACAGUACACAACAUAUGAUCGACGUUAGUCGCCAUUUCAAAUUGGAAAAGUUUAAUUCUAUACUUUUUAUACACAUUUUUUCACUUCUAGGUCGAUCAGCCUGCUCUGGGGAUGCCAGACAGAAGUUAUUUAUUAAAANAAAAGGAGAUUGGAAGAAACACGCAGCAGCGGCCAUUGUUAACGCAUUUUACAGUUCUCUAGAGAACAGCAUCGAAUUUCCUGCCGGAAUUCUACAGGGAAUAUUUUUCAGCCGAGAAAGACCCAAUUCUUUAAAUUUUGGAGGGAUUGGAUUUGUGAUUGGACACGAAAUCACUCACGGGUUCGAUGACACAGGUAGACAGUUUGAUAAAGAUGGGAACAAUGUCAAUUGGUGGAAACCAGAAACUGAUGAGAGAUUCCGACAAAGAGCUCAAUGUAUUAUAGAACAAUAUGGAAAUUAUAGUUUUUCCGAAAUAGGACUUAAUAACAACAAUACAUUUCGAACGUCUGUUUGUCAGUCCGAUUCGUUUUCUAGCUAUUUACUGAUUGACUGGUUGAAGUUCUUCAACAAUUUGCUAUUAACUAACGUUAGCAGAUCGGAACCAAUCAUCGUAAUCGUUCCAGAUUAUAUACGAAAAGCAUCCGAAUAUUUCAGCAAAGUGGAUCAAAGAAUAUUAGCCAAUUAUAUGCUUUGGAGAAUUAUAUUCCAAUCGUUACCAAUGCUAAAUCGGCCAUGGGGAGAAAUAUCUCAACACUAUUCUUCGGUAAUAACGGGUAAAAUUCAACACGCUCCAAGAUGGGAGCAAUGUUUGACUUCUGUCAUGGGCUCGUUAGGUUUGGCCAUUGCAUCUUUAUACGUUAAGCAUCACUUCCGAGAAGACAGCAAAGCCACAGCAUUAGAAAUGGUUAAUUACAUCCAUAAAGAAUUUUUAAAGACGUUAGAGAAGAUCGAUUGGAUGGACGACACUACAAAAAUAUCGGCUAAAAAAAAGGCAGAAGUCAUUAAGGCGUACAUAGGAUAUCCAGAUGAGAUAUUAAACGAUACUGAUCUAUCGUCAUUCUAUAAAGAUUUAAAUUUAUCUGCAGAUAGCUAUUUUACUAACGUGUUGAACCUGCGAAAAUGGACAGUCGAUUUUGGUGUUAGUAAAUUAAGAGAACCGAAUAUAAAAGGAGAUUGGAAGAAACACGCAGCAGCGGCCAUUGUUAACGCAUUUUACAGUUCUCUAGAGAACAGCAUCGAAUUUCCUGCCGGAAUUCUACAGGGAAUAUUUUUCAGCCGAGAAAGACCCAAUUCUUUAAAUUUUGGAGGGAUUGGAUUUGUGAUUGGACACGAAAUCACUCACGGGUUCGAUGACACAGGUAGACAGUUUGAUAAAGAUGGGAACAAUGUCAAUUGGUGGAAACCAGAAACUGAUGAGAGAUUCCGACAAAGAGCUCAAUGUAUUAUAGAACAAUAUGGAAAUUAUAGUUUUUCCGAAAUAGGACUUAAUAUCAACGGAAUUAACACUCAAGGAGAAAACAUAGCCGAUAACGGAGGAUUAAAAUUAGCAUAUUGGGCUUAUCAAGCGUGGAAGAAACAAAAUGGUUACGAUGUGAUACUUCCAGGAUUGCCUUACACGUCUGAUCAAUUAUUUUGGAUAAGUUCGGCUUCUGUUUGGUGUGGAAAAUAUCGCCCGGAAGAUUUAAAACUUCGAAUUUUGUCUGGUUAUCACAGUCCACCAAAAUUCAGGUUUUGUUUAAAUUUAUCUGCAGAUAGCUAUUUUACUAACGUGUUGAACCUGCGAAAAUGGACAGUCGAUUUUGGUGUUAGUAAAUUAAGAGAACCGAAUAUAAAAGGAGAUUGGAAGAAACACGCAGCAGCGGCCAUUGUUAACGCAUUUUACAGUUCUCUAGAGAACAGCAUCGAAUUUCCUGCCGGAAUUCUACAGGGAAUAUUUUUCAGCCGAGAAAGACCCAAUUCUUUAAAUUUUGGAGGGAUUGGAUUUGUGAUUGGACACGAAAUCACUCACGGGUUCGAUGACACAGGUAGACAGUUUGAUAAAGAUGGGAACAAUGUCAAUUGGUGGAAACCAGAAACUGAUGAGAGAUUCCGACAAAGAGCUCAAUGUAUUAUAGAACAAUAUGGAAAUUAUAGUUUUUCCGAAAUAGGACUUAAUAUCAACGGAAUUAACACUCAAGGAGAAAACAUAGCCGAUAACGGAGGAUUAAAAUUAGCAUAUUGGGCUUAUCAAGCGUGGAAGAAACAAAAUGGUUACGAUGUGAUACUUCCAGGAUUGCCUUACACGUCUGAUCAAUUAUUUUGGAUAAGUUCGGCUUCUGUUUGGUGUGGAAAAUAUCGCCCGGAAGAUUUAAAACUUCGAAUUUUGUCUGGUUAUCACAGUCCACCAAAAUUCAGGGUAAUUGGAACGUUAUCAAACAUGCCCGAAUUUUCGAAAGAUUUCUCCUGUCCUCAAUCGUCGCAGAUGAAUCCAGAAAAGAAAUGUUCGGUUUGGUGAUCCGUCGCAUAAAUUUAAUUUUUUUUUUUUUUUAAUUUUAUGUGGAAGGAUCGCCAUUGAACGAUGCCAGUCCGUGUAUUUGUUUAGGUCAGCUGACUUUUUGGUUAGUGAUGACGUAAAGGAACGUCUAGAUCGUGCAUCAAUUUUGCCAGUUCCUGUCGAAUUUUACGAACAGUCGAUCUCAAAAAAAGGAAUAAAUCAGCAUUCUUCUGUGAUAAGUCUAUUUGCACUCCAAUACCUUAACAAUGGAAUAAGAAAACAAACAUUUUUAAACAAGAAAGACUCGACCAAAGACUAAAUUACAAUUAUUUAUGUUUUAAAUAAUAAUAAUAAUAAUAAUAAUAAUUGUAUUAUUUCUUA